AUGCUGCCUAUCAGCCUCCUGAAACCCAUCGAUAUUUCGGGGACUUCCACGUCCCCAAGGUCAUCUGUGGCGUCUGAUCCUGCUACACUCAUUCUAGCGUCUUGUCGACUACUACUUUCCCACGAGAAGAGAGAUCAACGACAGAAUGAAAAGAAAAAAUACUUAACACGGUGGCGGCGCUUCAACUGUGUACAAAGUCGACAAAGUCAAAACAAGAUCAACAAGAUGGCAGAUCUAAGUGCAAUGAACGAACAAAGGAAACCAAAAAGUGACUUACCUGAGGUCCGCCGCUCCGUGUUUUGUUUCUUUUUCCUCCUUCUUUUGCUUCCUUCUCUUUUCCUUCUUAUGUCUCUUUCAGACCAAUAUAGUCCGAAGACUAGAGUCCUUUCUGGUCUUACGCGGUCCCGACUGGACAAAACAAAUGCAACCUUCUCUUCUCUUUCAGACGGCCGUGCUAACCCAGGUUCGAAUCCUGGUCACAGGCACCAGUCUAACACUUUCGCCCCGCCCCCUAAACCUCCGGCGUCUUACUCUCGGGGUUGA